CAAACUUAAAGUCUACCACUAUUAUUCAUAUCUUUUUGCUCCCAUUUUCUUACACAUACCGAUUUCGUCGCACAACCUUUUUCUCUCAAAACUUAUCCAUUAUCAAAAUCUCUCUCCAUCUCUUUCUCUAUAUUUAUCAGUGUCUGCAAAUUAUUACAUGUUGUAAACCUUGUCUUGAAACUCCAUAUCUCAAAGGGGCAGCUAAUAUGGAAGGCGAACGAGUCUACCUUACAUCCCUCAGUUUGUAUAUAUUCAUAUUUUUCAUGCACUCUUCUGUUUGCAUUACAACCAUUCUUUGUACAGAACAAGAAAAGAUACAAUUUUGUUAGCCAUGAGAUCACAAUUAUCUGUUCUAUGUAAAGAAACCCGGUAAAAAAUUUCAAACAUGUGUAUCUUCAGUUUAGUCCUGCAAGACAACAACAACAAUAAUAAUAAUAGUAACCCCACCAUGAAAAAUCGUUCGAAAAUCCCCAAGUUUACCGAAGAUCACUUCCCUAUUACCUCACUUUUGCCCGGAUUACCCGAUGAUGUAUCCAAAUUAUGCCUUGCCCUUGUCCCUCGGGCCCACUUCCCGCUCAUGGCUGCCGUGAGCAAGAAUUGGAGAUCGUUUCUCAAAAGCCGAGAAUUCAAUACCGUUCGAAAACUCACCGGGAAAGUCGAAGAGUGGCUUUAUGUACUCACUGCGUACAGUGAAGAAAACCGUUGGGAGGUUUUGGAUCGUUCGGGUGAAAAACAGAGUCGAGUCCCCAAAAUGCCGGGUCCCGAUAAGUCGGGAUUUGGCUUCGUCGUUCUCAAUGGGAAACUGAUAGUUGUUGCCGGUUAUUGCUUGACGGUCGAGGGUUCCAAAUCCGUCUCGGGAGAUGUUUACGAAUAUGAUGCUUGCCUCAACAGCUGGCGCCAGCUGGCCAGAACAAACGUUCCGCGCCACGACUUUGCCUGCGCGGCGGUCAACGGUGCGGUCCACGUGAUCGGAGGGCGUGGGGCCCACGGGGAGUCCCUGUCGAGCGCUGAGGUGUACGAACCAGAACACGACAGGUGGACGGUGAUCGAGCCUUUAAAGCAACCUCGUUGGGGAAGCUUCGCGUGUGGGGUCGGGGGAAAGCUUUACGUGAUGGGAGGGAGGUCGAGUUUCAGUAUCGGGAAUUCGAGGUUAAUCGACGUUUACGACCCUAAAACGGGGACGUGGGGCCAGAUGAAGAACGGGUGUGUCAUGGUGACGUCACACGCAGUGCUCGGAAGCAAGAUUUGCUGCAUGGAGUGGAAAAACGAGCGCAGGCUAGCGAUUUUUGACCCGGACGACAAGAGUUCUUCUUGGAAGAUGGUCUCGGUUCCCGUGGCUGGAAGCUCGAGUGUCGGAUUUCGAUUUGGGGUUUUGAACGGAGAGCUCUUGUUGUUUUCGUUACAAGGAGAUGAUUGUAUCCAAACGUUGGCGUACGAUCCGGAGGCGGGCCCGGGCUCCGAGUGGCGGGCUUCCGAGAUAAAGCCGACGGGCUUGUGUCUUUGUACAGUUACAAUUGAAGCUUGAGAUGUUUGCAGAAAAAAGAUAGAAAAAAUUGAUUUAAAUAAAUCAUUAGAUGCAUGCACAUAUACUUCUUUUAACUAUAUAUAGNAAUGUGU